AAAUGAUGUAAGGUUUGGCGCCGAUCGCCGCCUCUUACGGUCGGCCCAAGGCUGUUCUGCGGCUACUUUCGACCACGUUUUUGUCCGCCCAGCCACAGUGUCGUGGCCAUUAUAUUCGAUAUCCAUCUUCGCGACAUCAGCUGUGCGAUUGCGGCUUAGCACAUAAUGUAAUUGAGUCAACGGAGCUUAGCCGUGACACACCUUGCUCUUGUUGUUCUGAGCACAUGACCCUUCUGAUUCCACCGCCGAUUCCAUGAAGGGAUUAAGGUGCAGUCACGACAGUCUCCACCUCGAUGUGUCUAGCCAUGCCGUACAGGCCAGGUAUCUUCGUUAUAGUGAUGCCCAGAGAUUGGCCGCUGGCCAGCAGCCGAAGGCGACCAAGAAGCAAAGUACUAUGAGCUUGCCACCAACGACACAAGGUCUUCAGCCAAGGGUAUGUUUCCUAAAUACCACUUGCGGCGCGCUCCCCUUGGACCCGAAGUACCCUCCUCAAAGCCUUCGGUUGUGGACACGGCGUAAAGAUCGCAACAUUGUCGCAGACCGAGGCCGCACGGUACACGUUGUACCGCAUUCCAUUGUUGCAGAUGAGGUAAGGUAUAUAAGCAUUCGAACAUUCCCAGAAAUAAAUCGACAGUGUGUCCGCCUCCAUUUGAUGCUAUUCUAGCUUAUCUGCAGGCUUUCUAUCACGAUUCCCUGUCACGACGUCGAAACGUCCUGAACUAACCUUCGUCUGUUCGAAAAGACGGGCUUCCAGACAAGACGUAUUUGACUAAUCAUCCAUUUUGUGCUCCGUGGGCUGAUGUCGAAUCAAACUGCGUCAGAACGCUAUGCAAAGGAGUCUUCAUUGGUCAGCCC